AUGGCAGCCGUAGUCGAAAUCAACGACGCAGUUUUCUGCCAGACUCAUCUCCUCGAAGUGUGCGGCGACUGCGACACCGAUACUCGCGAAGAAAAUGAUUCCUUCUACGGAUUCGAUGCCGUAGAUCGCGCUGCCAUUACGACGCCUCAUGUCUCGCAGAAGGAUGGUGUGUACAAGUGCAGUAAGCAUGCCAUUGCUAAUUGCUCUCAGUGCUUUGCCUGGAAAAAACAAAUCAGUCGGCUGCGCGCCGCAGCCAUGCGUCAUUAG